AUGUCCAGCUCAGGGUACCCGCCCAGCCAGGGGGCCUUCAGCAGCGAACAGGGCCGCUAUCCACCCCACUCUGUCCAGCACUCUUUCACUUCCUGCCCCAACAGCCCCGCCUACGACUUUGCGGUUCCCGACUACCGCGGCCACCUACAGGAUGUGACCUCGACGUCCCAGAUCCUCCAGCAGCAGCAGCAGCGCCGCAGGCCCUCCCUGCUCUCCGAGUUCCACCCGGGGGCCGAGAGGCCUCCUGAGAGGAGACAUGGCUACGAGCAGCAGUUCCACGGCGUCUCCUCCCAGUCCGAGCACGAGGCCCUGGAGUCCAAGCGGCCGCGCGUGGAGGGCGUCUCCGAGGCCCACUUCCCCCGCUCGCAGUCGGGCGGGAUCGUCCUGCCCCUCCCCCACUCCCUACAGGACGGCCUGAGGACCGCUGGAGAGGCCAAGAAGGACGGCCAGUUCAGUGUGAAGGCGGAGGCGGCGUCGCCCGCCGCCCAGCACGCGGGCGACGACCAGGACGCCUCGCCCUCCAAGCUGUCCAAAGAGGAGCUGAUCCAGAGCAUGGACCGCGUGGACCGCGAGAUCGCCAAGGUGGAGCAGCAGAUCUUCAAACUCAAGAAGAAGCAGCAACAACUGGAAGAGGAAGCGGCGAAGCCGGUGGAGCCGGAGAGGCCGGUGUCCCCGCCCCCGGUGGAGCACAAGCACCGCAGCAUCGUGCAGAUCAUCUACGACGAGAACCGGAAAAAGGCAGAGGAAGCCCAUAAGAUAUUUGAAGGGCUUGGUCCCAAGGUGGAGCUGCCACUUUAUAAUCAACCGUCGGAUACAAAGGUUUACCAUGAAAACAUUAAAACUAACCAAGUGAUGAGAAAGAAGCUUAUUCUUUUCUUCAAGAGGAGAAAUCAUGCUCGCAAGCAAAGGGAGCAGAAGAUCUGCCAGCGCUACGACCAGCUGAUGGAGGCCUGGGAGAAGAAGGUGGAGCGCAUGGAGAACAACCCGCGGCGCAAGGCCAAGGAGACGCGCACGCGCGAGUACUACGAGCGCCAGUUCCCCGAGAUCCGCAAGCAGCGGGAGCAGCAGGAGCGCUUCCAGAGGGUUGGCCAGCGGGGCACUGGCCUCUCUGCGACUAUAGCACGAAGCGAGCACGAGAUUUCCGAGAUCAUCGACGGCCUCUCCGAACAAGAGAACAAUGAGAAGCAGAUGCGUCAGCUGUCCGUCAUUCCGCCCAUGAUGUACGACUCGGAGCAGCGGCGGGUCAAGUUCAUCAACAUGAACGGGCUGAUGGACGACCCCAUGAAGGUCUACAAGGCGCGGCAGUUCAUGAACGUUUGGACGGAGCACGAGAAGGAGAUCUUCAAGGAGAAGUUUGUACAGCAUCCAAAGAACUUUGGCCUCAUCGCUUCCUAUUUGGAAAGGAAGUGCGUCUCGGACUGCGUCCUGUAUUACUACCUGACGAAGAAGAACCAGAACUACAAGACCCUGGUGAGACGCUACGGCAGACGGCGAGGGAGAAACCAGCAACAGCUAACGCGUCCUUCACAAGAAGAGAAAACCGAAGACAAGGCCGAGGAGGAGAAGUUGGAGAAAGCGGAGAAAAAAGAGGACGAGGAGAAGAGGGAAGAGGAGGAGAAAGAUGAAAGAGAGGAAUCCAAGGACAUCGGCAAAGACAAGGAAAAGUGCGACGGCGGCGAGGACGAGGACGGGAAGGAGCAGAGCACGCCGCGCGGGCGGAAGACCGCCAACAGCCAGGGCCGGCGCAAGGGCCGCAUCACCACCCGCUCCAUGGCCAACGAGGCGGCCACCGUGGCGCCCGAGGAGCCGCCGCCACCCGCGCCCGAGCCAGCGCUGCCCGAGCCCGCCCAGCCGCCCAAGCUGGAGCUGGCCCAGAAGCCCGCGCGGGACCCCGCCAAGGCCGCUGCAGUAGCCAUGGACGUCCAGGCGAACAGAGGAGCUGUAGAGGCUGGGGAGACUUCUCGCUGGACCGAGGAAGAAAUGGAGGUGGCCAAAAAAGGCCUGGUAGAGCAUGGGCGCAACUGGUCGGCCAUCGCCAAGAUGGUGGGAACCAAGAGCGAGGCGCAGUGCAAGAACUUCUACUUCAACUACAAGAGACGGCACAACCUGGACAACCUGCUCCAGCAGCACAAACAGGACUCCCGGAGGUCCCGGGCCGACCGAGACGUGUCACAGAGCGAGAGCGUGACUUCCGCCACCUCGGCCGCUGAUGAUGAGGAUAACGAGGGCUCCAACGAGGAAGAGAACCCAGAGGAUAGCGAAGGAGCGGAGAACAGCUCGGACACGGAGAGCGCCCCCUCCCCCUCCCAGGGCGACGGCAAGGCCGGCGAGCAGCGGGCCGACGGGCCCAACGGCGCCCCCCGCGGGGACGCCUCGCCGGAGCGGGACGGCGGGCACAAGGGCCGGGACUUCGGCGGCGGCGCCAAGGCCCACGAGGCGCUGUACGGCGAGCUGCGGGUGAAGCUGGAGAAGAGCCCGGAGGGCGCGGAGGCCCCGCCCCCCGAGGAGAGGCCCCGCCCCCUCUACGAGGCCCAGGUGCAGACCAAGAGCGAGCCCAUGGACGUGGACGUGAGGGCGCUGGGCGACGUGAAGGUGAAGCUGGAGCCCGACGCCAAGGAGAAGGGCGACAGGGGCGAGGCGGGCGAGGCGGGCGCGGGCCUGCCCCAGAGAGCGCUGCACCGGGACGCCCACUCCGACAACGACUCCAGCGCCACCUGCAGCGCGGACGAGGACGUGGACAUGGAGCCCGACAGACCGAGGAUGUUUUCUCCAGACAAGCUGUCCCUGCUGAACCCCCCCGGCUCGGUGCUGGUCUCCUCGGCCAAGCAGGGCCCCAUGAACGUCCAUCAGCUCCAGAAGCGCGCAGCCACCAUACCCCCCAUGGUUUCGGGUCCGUUCGGGCCCGGCGGGAUGCCCCUGGGCGCCCCGCUCAGCGGCUACGCCAUGUACCAGCACCAGAUCAAGGCCGUGCACGAGUCCGCCCACCAGGAGGAGAAGCAGCGGCAGGACCAGGCCGACCCCGACCGCCGGCCGUCGGGGUACCCCCGCUACGCCACGCGGAGCCCCACCAUCCUGGACAGGGAGGUCCUCCAGCCGGCGCCCAAUCAGAACCUGGCCGACGGGGUCCGCGUGACCUUCUCCCGGCACAGCAGGCCCCCCAACAUUCCAUCCCCGCCCCCGCUCAUUCCGACCUCCAAGCCCUCCGACAAGCCGUCCUUCAUACAGGGCGGGUCCAUUUCCCAGGGAACUCCUGGCACGUACCUGCCCUCCCACAGCCAAGCGGCUUACGGGCCGGAGGGAGCGAAGAGUUCCGUGGGCUCCAUAUCCAUGGGCCUGCCAAGGCAGCAAGACCCCGUCAAGCCAGCGUCCUACAUCAAGCAGGAGGAGUGCUCGCCGCGUGGCCCCAUCUCCCAGGCCGAGGGGCUGCUCUCCAGGACGCAGUACGAGGGCGUGGUCAGAGGAAACCCCAUGACUGCCAUGCAGGAGGGGAGCAUAACGCGUGGGACUCCCGCUAAGAUGUCCGCCGACGGCCCGUCGUUCCGGGGCGGCUCCAUCACUCAGGGGACGCCGGCCCUGCCCCAGUCCAGCAUCGCGGCGGACCUGCUGAAGGGCACCAUCACCAAACUGGCCACCGAGGAGCUGAGCAGCCCCGAGAAGGGCCGGGGGGAGGGUCCCGCCAAGGGACACGUCAUCUACGAGGGCAAGAGCGGGCACAUCCUGUCAUACGACUCCAUCAAGAACCCCCGGGAGGCCACGCGGAGCCCGAGGACGGGCCAGGAGCUGAAGCGCUCCUACGAGAUGAUGGAGGGGCCCAUGGCCCGGGGCCCCCCAGUCAGAGAGUCCCCGCAUUACGAAGGCCUGAUAAGCCGCGCCCUGCCCAGAGACAGCCCCCACGCGGAGGCCAAGGAGAGGACGGUGCUCGCCGGCUCCAUCAUGCAGGGCACGCCCAGGACGGCGGCGGACGCGUUCGAGGACGGCCACAAGUACGGCAAGCAGAUCAAGAGGGAGAGCCCCCCGGUCCACUCCUUCGACGGCGGCAUCACCAAGGGCAAGCCCUACGAGGGCGUCAACACCAUCAAGGAGAUGGGCCGCUCCAUCCACGAGAUUCCCCGGCAGGACCUGCAGGGCCAGGACAGCCGCAAGACCCCCGACAUGGCGCCCAACAGCCGCGCCGUCCUGGAGGGCUCCAUAUCCCAGGGCACGCCUCUGAAGUACGAGAGCAGCGGCGUGAGCCAGUCGGCCAUCAAGCACAACGUGAAGUCCCUGAUCACCAGCCCCGCCAAGAUGGCGCACGGCAUGCCCCAGCUGGAGGCCAUGGAGAGGGCCAAGUACGAGGAGGGCGCCAAGGGCAUGCGCCACGCCUCCGUGGUCAACUCGGGCACCUCCGUCCUGCGCUCCACGCACCUGGAGGCCGCGGGCAAGUCGCAGCCCAGCCCCGGCCUCUACGAGGACGCCAGCGCCCGCCGGACGCCCGUCAACUACAGCACCGGCUCCAUGUCCCGCGGGUCGCCCAUGCUGGGCCGGGCUCAAGAAGGGAGCAUGACCUCUGGCAAGCCGGCCAGUCACGAGAGGAAGAGCACGCUGACCCCCACCCAGCGGGACAGCAUCCCAGCCAAGUCCCCCGUGUCCGGGGGAGACCCCCUGUCCUCCCACAGCCCCUACGACCCGCACCACCGGCCCGUCGUCCCGGGAGAGGUGUUCCGAGCCCACUUGCCCCCCCACCUGGACCCCGCCAUCGCCUUCCACCGCCCCCUCGACCCAGCUGCUUACCUCUUCCAGAGGCAGCCGUCCCCCCAGGGCUACCACAACACCUACCAGCUGUACACCAUGGAGAACACCAGGCAGACCAUCCUCAACGACUACAUCACCUCCCAGCAGAUGCAGGCCAUCCCGCGGCCUGACGUCGCCAGGGGGCUGUCGCCGCGGGAACAGCAGAUCGCCAUCCCCUACCCGCCCGGCGUGCAAGGGAUUAUUGAUCUAGCCCAGAUGCCUCCCGCUAUCCUGUUGCCUCACCCUGGGGGGACAGGUACCCCCCCUAUGGACCGCAUCACCUACAUCCCCGGAGCUCAGCCCCCUUUCCCUCCUAGGGCUUUCAACCCAGCUUCCAUAUCUCCAGGCCACCCCAGCCACCUCGCGGCGGCCAGCGCGGAGAGGGAGAGGGAGCGGGAGAGGGAGAGAGAGAGGGAGCGCGACAGGGAGCGGGAGAAGGACAGAGAGAAGGAACGAGAGCGGGAGCAGAGGGAGAGGGAGCGGGAGAGGGAGCAGAGGGAGAGGGAGAGGAUGGCGGCAGCCAGUGAGUACAUGCGUGGAGGCACAGAGCAGCCGGGCAGGCCUAGUAGCCAUGGUUACAUGCGCUCGCCCUCCCCGUCCGUGAGGUCACAGGAGAGCGUGGUGCAGCAGAGGCCGAGCAUAUUCCAGGGCACCAACAGCAAGAGCGUCAUCACCCCGCUAAUGCAAAUGCCCCCGGUGUCGGCGGCGCAGGCGGGCGCCCGGUACAGCACGGCGGCCGACGCCCUGGCGGCCCUGGUGGACGUGGCGACGGCGGCGCCCCAGAUGGACGUGGCCAAGGCCAAGGAGGCGAAGCAGGAGGCGCUGCGGGCGGAGGAGCGGCGGGCGGAGCACCUGCAGCACCUCCAGCAGCAGGAGGCGGAGCGCGAGAGGGAGAGGGAGCGGGAGCGGCUCGCCAUGCAGUCGCCCUACGCCGCCAUGUCCCUGCCCGGCGGCAAGCCCCACCCGGCCUACGGCGAGGCGGGCAAGGACAAGGGCCCGCCCACCAAGUCCCGCAUCGAGCAGGAGCUGCGCGCCCACGGCAAGACCACCAUCACCGCCGCCAACUUCAUCGACGUCAUCAUCACCCGCCAGAUCGCCUCCGACAAGGAGUCCCGCGAGAGGGGCUCCCAGAGCUCGGACUCCUCCAGCAGCUUGUCCUCCAGUCGCUACGAGGCCCCGGGCAGCGGUGCCAUCGAGGUGAUCAGCCCCGCCGGCUCCCCCGCCCAGGACAAGCAGGAGGGGGGGCCCUUCCCUCCGGAGAAGUCCUCCCAGGCUGCAGGCGGCGCACGCGCGUACGAGAUGAGCCGCUACCGCCAGCAGGCCGAGCCGCCCUGCCCCCAGCAGCCCCCCACCUCCCAGGCCGAGGCGUACGGCCAGGUCCCCAAGACGCACCGCGUCAUGACCCUGGCAGACCACAUUUCGCACAUCAUCACCCAGGACUUUGCCAGGAACCAGGACGGCCCCCAGGCGCCGCCCGCCACCUCCUCCUCCCCCGGAACAUUCCAGAGCUCGGCCCCCGCGGCCCUGAGCGCCGGGCCCGGGCGCGCCAAGCUGCCCAGCCGCUACAGCCCCGAGUCGCAGGGGCAGCCGCCGCAGGCCCAGGCCCCGCACCACCCGCGACCGUCCAGCAGGGUGUCGCCCGAAAACGCCUCCGACAAGCCCCGAGCGAGGCCCGGCAAGUCCCCGGAACGCGGCGGGGCCUUGGAGAGCUACGAGCCCAUCUCCCCCCCGCAGAGCUACCCUGGCUUCGACAAGCAGGAGGCCAUGCUGCAGCAGGCUCAGAGACGGGAGGCUGAGCACGCGGAGCAGAGGAACGACUCCCGCUCCCCGGGGAGCGUGAGCUACCAGCCCUCCUUCUUUACUAGACUGGAGAACACCUCCCCAAUGGUGAAAUCCAAGAAGCAGGAGAUAUUUCGUAAGUUGAACUCCUCUGGUGGCGGUGACUCGGACGUGGCAAGUGCACAGCCUGGCACUGAAAUAUUUAACUUGCCUGCAGUAACUAGCUCAAGUAGCAUCAGCUCCAGGAAUCCCUCCUUCGGGGAUCCAGCCAGUAACCUGGGCCUGGAGGACAUCAUUCGCAAAGCGCUGAUGGGCAACUUUGAGGACAAGCAUGACGAUCACCAGGGAAGCGGCUCCCAGCCCAAUAGCAUGGAGCGGCAGGAGGCUAGCCCCUCCCCCAACACAGGCAUGUCAGCCGGCAAGCAGAAGCUGUUGGGCAAAGCCAACAGCCGGAAGUCCAAGUCCCCGAACCCGGGGCAGGGGUACGCCGGGGGAGAGCGCCCGUCGUCCGUGUCGUCCGUGCACUCGGAGGGGGACUACCACCGCCAGGCCCCGGCCUGGACCUGGGAGGACCGGCCGUCUUCCACCGGCUCCAUGCAGUUCCCCUACAACCCGCUGACCAUGCGCAUGCUGAGCAGCACGCCGCCCUCCUCCAUGCCCUGCGCCUCGCCCUCCCUGCAGGCCCAGCAGGGCGGCGCCGUUCCCCAGGCCCGCGUGUGGGAGCGCGAGCCCCUGCUGUCCGAGCAGUACGAGACCCUGUCGGACAGCGACGACUGAGCGACCUCCGCCCGGGGGGAGGAGGAGGCGCCUCGGCCCCCGGGUCCCGCCCCUAGCCCCGCCCCCCACCUCCCCGCCACCCUCACCCUGACUGUGACAUCGCUGCGCAGGCCCAAUGGGCGGCCUGGCGGCGGCAGCUGAGGCCGGCCGGGAGGACGGACGGACAGACAGACGCGGAGGCGGGAGCCGGGGAGGAGCCAUGCGAUUGGCUGAACCUUCAGGACUCCAGGAGCCUCGCGUCGCGAAGCUUUGGCGUGCAGUCCGUCUGUCACGAAAGGAAGAAGAAGAAAAAACAUUCAAAACAUUAAAAUGAAAAGCCAGCAAUUUAGACUUGUUUUAAAAAAAUUAACAAAAAUACAAAAAAUAAAAAGACAGCAAGAUAAAUGAAGAUGAAGAACUUCUAAUGUUUAAAAAAAAAAAAAAAAAAAAAACUUUGAGAGACUUAUUUCUUCAAUUUUGUUAAAUUCUUUUCUUUGUAAAAAAAAAAAACACUUUGUCCUUAAAUCGUAUGUAAAUAGAGAAACUUUUCUUUUGCGGUGUUUGUUUUUCGUUCUUUUACUUGACCCUUUUUGUUUUUAUGUUGCUUUUAAAAAAUUUGGUGGUUUCGUUUUUUGUCUAUUUUGCGAGGAGGUGUGUGUUUAGCCACCGAUGCAGCCGCAGGGUGCAGGACCUGCGCGAGCCGCACUGAGACGCAGUGAAGUCACCCGCCGCGUGCGCCGUCGCCGCGGAAACGGGCGCGGGGAAGCCCCCCACCAGCGCACAGCGCCCCCCGCCCCCCAGGAGCGUUGUGGGUUAUCACCGAAUUGAAAAUUUAGUACUUAAAAGAAGACACGCUUUACAUUUCGACCGUUGUAAAUUUGACACGAGUCCUUGGCAGCACUGUGGAAGUAACGCAUGGGUUAUUCUGCUUUUUCUUUCAUUCGGGGAAAAAAACAAAAAUCAUUUUAUCGAUUCCUCUCCUCCCCCUAGCAAAAAUGUUCUGUUCCUUCUUUUCUCUGGGGUGUGCCUGUAUGUUCUGAACACUGGUGUUGAAGUUUCUUUUUGUUGAAGGUGAAAGAAUAAGCUCAACGUGUAUUUUAAUUUAUUGUCAUUUGUUUUUCGCUGUUAUUGAGCCCCAAGCUGAUCUAGUAACGAAGCUUUUUUUUUUUUUUUUUUUUUUUUGAGCUGAUGCAGAAUGUUCAGUUUUCUCUUUUUUUUGAGAUGUGGAGCCGGGGAAAAAAAACAUGUUUGUAACCCUUUCCUGCUAAGAACAGUCACCGCGCCAGUUGGCUGGAGAAAGGCAGCUUACAGUUUCCCCCUCUGAAAUAUUCAUCGGUGUUUUCUCAUGUCUUUGAUAUUGUUCUGGCAGAUGUCUGAAUUCAGUGUGUUUGACUUUCCAAAAAAAAACAAAAAAAAAAAGAUAUAAAACCAACCAAACAAGAAACUGCACCGUUGUUGCACUUUUUGCAUUGUAACUUUUAACAGAAUAUAAAGAAAAAUCAUACUACCUGUUUUAUAAAUGAUCUGAGCUCAUGCAAAUCGCAGAUUUUUCGAUCGACAUUCAUAAUUCUGAGAAAUCUGCUUGUAUGGCAUUUCAGCUUGUUACUGGUUCCUAAUAUACUGUUGUAACAAUCUGCAGUUUUAACUUUGCAUAUGGUACAGUCAAGUGUAGUGCAGAUUCUGCUUUGCUGUAGUGGCUGUUAAAUGCACUUCCAUGACCUUUUUGUCUCCCCACGAUUAAAGCUAAGCUCAGUGCUUCGUUGUCACCAGAAUUGUACAUUCACAUUGCAUUUGUAACAAGGUCAACAAUGUUAGCGUUACGUCUGAGGAUAUGUAAAGCAUAGAUUCAUUUGUAUUAUUUGUUUGUUUUGUUUUUUUUGGCCUUGCUUUGUGCAGUAACAAAGGAGUCUACUCUGAACUUGGUAAUUGUUUUCAAUUUUUGGUGAUUUUUAAAACUCCCAGAGCCAAGCCAAUGUUUCGAUUUAUUUUUUCCAUUUUCAAGAUCAAUGUUUUUUUUUCCUUUUUUUUUUUUGAUGGGAUGUCGAGUGUUUACAACUAUAACGACAGAAAAAAGUUUACAAAACUUGAAUCUUAAACAGAAAUUGAUACGGAAAUUGUCCGUGCAUCGAUCCAGCUCUUCAUCUGUCCAAUUUUUGCAGUGAUAACUUUUCUGUCUGUUUAAAAUUCAAGACUUGAAACCCCAUGUAUCUCAUGUUGAAAUGCAAUGUUUGUAUCGCACAAUGUCUCUUAAGUAGUCAAUUACAAAAGUUCAGACCAAUCAAUAAAGUGGAUUAGUUCUCCACCUCUCGAAAUGUCAGGUCCAUUUCUUUUCCUUCCACAUAUUUCAUUUAAAAAAAAAUAUUUGCAGGAACAGAACCCCUUUUGUUUGAGAAUGUGUGUAUGAUGGGUGAUUUGCAUCAACAGUGUAAUUGACAGUGUAAUAAAAUGGCAAGAUAAAUGUGUUUUGUACCAAUGAGAAAUCCAAGCCAAGAACACUUAUUUUCGACCAGGAGUCAGACUUACUGCUUUGGUUUAGAAAGCUUAAUUGGUUAGCUGCGUUGGUCAGUGGACAUGUGCUUUAAUGCUUCAUUAAACUGUUGUUCUCCUUUGA